CAAUUUCAAUCAGUUUUGUUUGAGAACAGCGGCGAGCGAGACGUAUAUCGCUGUUUUGUGAAUACCGUGCGUUCGCAGUUCUUGUAACAACGAUAGUAAGGAUUUGGGUUUACUUGUAUGAUUUCUUAAUAUUUCACAUAUCUGUGAGUGGCUAUGAUGACUAUGGUCAAAAAAUAAACAACACAAGAGUGAAAUAGACUAAAAACAACGGCUAAUAUUUGUGUUUUUAUUUUGUGUCGAGGCGAAACUAUUGCUUUGAACUAUAAAACGAGAAACGGAAUUGUGACUGCUGUUAAAUCAUAGUAUGAUACACAUUGUACAUUGGUGUGAUUCGUGCGAGCUGACAAGUAAGGCAGUCAAGUUUCUCGUCGGUUAUGGUGCAGCAGUCGACUUCGUUAUACAGAACAUGAAACAACCGCUAGAGAGUUCAUGACGAAAACCUAAGGAAUUAGAGCGAAGAAAGUGAAGUGAUAAGUUAUCUUUAAAGUUUUCGCUGACCGAUAGCAAAGAUAUCAUUCGCGUCGGUGCUUUCAGUACAGUGAGACGUGUAGUGUUAAUGUGACGUGAUAGUGUUGUAAAAUGCGUGUAUUGUGGUCGCGGUUAGCAGCGCUGGGGUGGUUGGCAGUCGUCGGGUGCCAUACGCCCGGCACGGAACUGGAGUCGGUCCGGUACGGGCCGGGAGACGACCGAUUCACCAGUGACACAUUUACGCAGGCUAACAUCAAUAUAUCGUAUAAGGAUGAACAUGGGGAACAGUACUCGGAGACUUCUGAGUCUGGCAAGUACGGUGAAGGUUUCAUCGGCUCGGCUCGCGGCCUCGCCGUCCAUGUGCGGGCUAAAGGCGAGGACGGGGCACACGACCACACGGGGUGCACCUGGCCCCUGUUGUCCGUCGCUGCUCCGUUGAAACCACUGCCCGAGGAACCGUGGAUCGCGGUUAUGCGGAGGGGCAGCUGUAACUUUGAGAUUAAGGUACAGAACGCGUGGCGCGCGAACGCGAGUGCGGUGCUCAUAUACAACGACAGGGACACCACCGUUUUAGAGAAGAUGAAACUGUCCACUGACAAUGGACGAAACAUAAGCGCGGUGUUCACAUACAAAUGGAAGGGCGAGGAAAUAGCCCGUCUCAUCGACAACAACACCAACGUGACCAUCGGCAUCAUCAAGGGCCGCACCUUCACACACAUCAAUAACAACAUCAAUAAAACAUCAGUGCUGUUCGUGUCAAUAUCGUUCAUCGUGCUGAUGGUGAUCAGCCUCGCGUGGCUCGUCUUCUACUACAUCCAGCGCUUCCGCUACAUUCAUGCGAAGGACAGACUUUCGAAACGACUUUGCUGUGCAGCGAAGAAGGCGCUAUCAAAAAUACCCGUUAAGAGUUUAAAGACUGAAGACAGAGAAGUCCAAGGCGACGGCGAGUGUUGCGCCAUCUGUAUAGAGCCUUACAAAGUGUCCGAGACGCUCAGAUCUCUGCCUUGUAGACACGAUUUCCACAAGAACUGCAUCGAUCCGUGGCUGUUAGAGCACAGAACGUGCCCGAUGUGCAAGAUGGACAUACUCAAGUAUUAUGGCUUCGUGUUCACGGGGAGCCAGGAGAGCAUCCUGCAGCUAGAGGUGGAGGAGGCGCGCAGCCGCGCCAUCAGCCCUGCGCGGAACCGCCAUCCGCUCACACUGCUAACGAGCGACAACUCGUACUCGGAGGCGGGCAGCUCGCGCUCGUCGCGCGCCUCCUCGCCCGAUGAGCUGGCGCCGUCGCUGCCGCGCCGCGACGCCGGCGACAGAUCUCACACAUCGUCACCAGACUGCACCGCGCCGCGCGCCGACACGUCGGCCGCGCAAGACUGAGACGGGACACGGCUGUACGGCCGCGUCACGCAGGUGUGACAGGGACGGCUAGAGCCCUCCGUGCGUUACCGUCAGCGUUGACCGUCAAGUGCGCUGUCUGUGAGGUUUUAUAGUCCGUUCAUUGAAAACUGGCUUCGGGUAUAGUGUUGGAACGAAAUAGCAACAGGAAAAAUAUGGCAUAACUGUUCUAACAGUUCAAUUGAAGCCAAGUAACCCCUCAAAACUUAAAAAAAAACGAUGCGAAAAAACAAAUUGAAAAUCAAGAUUGAAUACCCGUACGUAAAAUGUAGCUGUACAAAAAAAUGGACUAUAAAAGCCAGUAGAAGACCGUACUAUAGCUGUCUUCCUCCGUCUAUAUUAAAUAAAAGAGACAGAGUAAUCACAGCGCCCCGGAAAGACAUUUGUUUGAGUGAAGUGAGUCAGUGAUGUGUUCAUAAAAUAACCUUAGAAUAAAAUACUCAUGGUACUUCCAGUGACGUUCGGUGGACAAGUGAUAUUUUAUCGUAAGC